AUGGAGAGGGCCCUGACCCGGCGUGCCGUCUGGGUCCACGACAGUUUUGCAGUGCAUCGGCCGCAAACCUCUUCCCGUACUGCUGAUUUCGCUCAUCAAGUCGCUUUCGCCAAGUUUUGUGAGGACAUGCAGACACAGCAGGAACCGCUGGCCGAGCAGUUGGCCAGACAAGCCUGGGCUCGCCAUGACAUCGACCACCCCGAUGCUGCUUCGUUGACGCCUUCGGAAUCUGGAGAUAUCGGUGAAGAACGAGACCCUCAUACCGUCUUCGCUGGUCUGUCCGAUGAACGCAAAGAAGCCUUGGCUGCCGGAUCCAGCUGGGAGGCACCGACCCGCAUCGUGCAUCGCGCUCCCUCUGAGCCGCCGGCUACAGAUUCUGAGGGCCAUGGCGAUUGGUUGCGCGGCCUCAGUGGCCGUCUUGAUGACGUUGAGAGCUUUUGCGGGUCAAUCAUCGACCCCCGGUUCUCUCGUAGUCUUCAUGCUCGCUUACUCCGAGUGGAGCGCCUGCUGAACGUUCCCGAGCAGUAG